GUGUGAGCUCUGCCUGCACGCUGUGCUCCCUGCCGGCUGCUCCGGAUCCCUGAGUGAGCUCUGCCUGCACGCUGUGCUCCCUGCCGGCUGGGGAAGCCCGCUGGACCGGUGCCGAUGGAUGCGAUCCUGAGCUGCAAGCCGGAGGACCUGGAGGAUUACUACAACUUGCUGGGAUGCGAUGAGUUAUCGACGGUCGAACAGAUUCUUGCUGAAUAUAAGAUUAAAGCCCUUGAAUGCCAUCCUGACAAGCAUCCUGGAAACCCCAAAGCAGUGGAGGACUUCCAGCGGCUGCAGCAGGCCAAGGAGACGCUGACCAACGCGGAGCGGCGGGCGCGCUACGAUCACUGGCGCCGGAGCCGAGUCCCCGUCCCGUUCCGGCACUGGGAGGCGCUGAGCAGCUCCGUCAGGACGUCAAUGCACUGGGCUGUCCAAAGUAAGAAGGACCAGAUGCUGGAAGCUCCUGACUUUGGUGAUACCAACAACAUAACCAAUGAGAUGUGGGCCCAACAGAUGGAAAGCAGUGGCGAGGGAUUGUUGGAAGGGAGCAGGGAACAAGAAGAUGUUGCAAUCCCUGAUGUGAAACCACAAUCUUCAAAGAUUCCAGACUCCCCAAAGGGGAAUUACUGGCACUUGCGUUUCCGCUGGUCAGGUGAUGCUCCAUCAGACCUUCUGAGGAAAUUCAGAAACUACGAGAUCUAAAAUGAGAAACACACAGGAGCAAGAGAUCAUCUCUUCAGCGUUCCCUUUGGGCUUUUUAACAGCAGUUAUAAGUUAUUUGUAUUUUGUAUUCUUUAUUGAAAUGUGUUGUUCUAGUCAAUGUCUAAAUACUGAUUUAUCACACGUGCUGUGAGCCUUAUAGAUGGAGAUGUUUCUGUUCAAUAACCUUUUCAGUAUUACUAUAAAGUGAUGUUGUGAAGUUAUCUAACAUCUUGUAUAUUGUUUCUUAUAUUCUCAAAUAUUGUGUAGUGAUUAAUAUUUCUUUCAAUAGUGUGAUGUUAUAAAAAACCUACUCUCAGUAGAACACUGGGCUCCAGGGUAUCCUACUCGGGAGGAUCUUCCAAAAGCUUUACGACAAUGAACUGUAAACAGAGCUGUGCUUAUCUCUUAACUCUGUGCUCUGCUUCACUUCUCCAUUGCAUUGUACUCGCUGCAGUGAUUUAUGAUGUACUCAUUACAAACUUAACUUGUAGGAGAGUUGUGAUCUUGUGUUAUAGAUGAAAUAAGAACGUUCUUGUUAUCCAAGGUCUCUGUGUCAGAUCAAGCACUCCUAAAAAUCACUUGUCUUCUACCUUAACGAGAACACUUUUUGCACCAGCUGUUUGUUUUGGAAGGCAGUUGCAGAACUUUAAUUCUCCAGAUAGCAAUUUUUGUCUUAAGACGUAUUGGUGGAAGACUGAUCCUCUGUGUAUGUGUGCCAGCAUUGUCCCGUGGCUUCAGAGCAAUUCCCCUCCCUGCUCAGGUGUGCUAGACUUGGUUUUACCAGGGCUUUGUGCAGUGAGGAAUGAAACAUCAGACUAGUCAGCGUUAAUGUGUACAAAAUCUCACAUGACAGUUUUUGAUAUUUUGGGCAACUUUUCAAAUUCUACAUUGUUGUUUAUUUAUUUUGUGUUUGUUUUCUUCUUUGCAAACUUGGCUAAUAUGUCAGGUAUUGACAUUGUGGUUUUGUGCAGGCAGAUAAUUCCAUCAGCAGCAAAUAAAACUUCAUGCAUACAGAAAA